CACAGCGUCACCGUGUGGGUGGGCCUCAUGGGGGCCAGCCUGGGGGCCGUCAUCUCUCAGCGGUGGGGGCAGGGGCCUCAGGGCGCAGGGCGGGCGGUCCAGGGCCUCGGGCCGCGCCGCCCCCUCCCGGCCUCAUACCUUGCCCACAGCCGAGCAGCUGGGAGGCUAUUUAUAAAGGCGGGUGAGAUCAGCGGCCGAGGCUAUAAAUGUGAGGGCCGCGGCCGGGCCCAGAGAGCAGCCGCCCGGGGCGCUGGAGCUGCGAGCCGGGCCACGAUGAGCGCCAGCGCCGGCGGCGGUGGGGACUGCGGCGGCAGCAGCAGCAGCUCGCCGGCCUCCGCGUCCGCCGGGGCCGCGUCGGCGCCGCCGAUGCUGCAGGGUCCCCUGGGCUCCGACGAUGAGGAGCAGGAGGACCCCAAGGACUACUGCAAGGGCGGCUACUACCCCGUGAAGAUCGGAGACCUGUUCAAUGGGAGGUACCACGUGGUGCGCAAGCUGGGCUGGGGCCACUUCUCCACCGUCUGGCUGUGCUGGGACAUCCAGCGCAAGCGCUUGGUGGCCCUGAAAGUGGUGAAGAGUGGCGGGCAUUACACGGAGACAGCUGUGGAUGAGAUCAAGCUCCUGAAAUGUGUCCGAGACAGUGACCCGAGUGACCCCAAAAGAGAGACCAUUGUCCAGCUCAUCGAUGACUUCAAGAUCUCGGGGGUUAACGGGGUCCAUGUCUGCAUGGUGCUGGAGGUCCUGGGCCACCAGCUGCUCAAGUGGAUCAUCAAGUCCAACUACCAGGGCCUGCCAGUACCCUGUGUGAAGAGCAUCGUGCGGCAGGUGCUGCACGGCUUGGACUACCUGCACACCAAGUGCAAAAUCAUCCACACGGACAUCAAGCCUGAGAACAUCCUUCUGUGCGUGGGGGAUGCCUACAUCCGCCGCCUGGCCACCGAGGCCACCGAGUGGCAGCAGUCCGGGGCCCCGCCCCCGUCCCGCUCCACAGUCAGCACAGCCCCUGAGGAGGUCACGGUGGGGAAACUGUCCAAAAACAAGAAGAAGAAGCUGCGCCGCAAGCGGAGGCAGCAGAAGCUGCUGCUGGAGGAGCGGCUGCGAGACCUGCGGCAGCUGGAUGCCAUGGACGAGGCGGCGGCGGCGGCGGAGGCCCGGGCUGAGGAUGCUGGCUCCACGUCUUCCUCGGGCUGCCACCCUGGGGGGGCACAGGGCGGCCGCUCGCCAGCGUCAUCGCCCGGGCCUGGCGGGGAGCGCAGCCCCAGCCCCGGCUCGCAAACGUCGGGCUUCUCGGGCUCCCUCUUCUCGGCCGCCUCCUGCUCGGUGCUGUCCAGCGCGUCCAACCAGCGGGAGGCAGGGGGCCUCCUCUCUCCCAGCACACCAUUUGGGGCCUCGAACCUCCUGGUGAACCCCCUAGAACCCCAGAACGCAGACAAGAUCAAGAUCAAGAUUGCGGACCUGGGCAAUGCCUGCUGGGUGCACAAGCACUUCACGGAGGAUAUCCAGACUCGGCAGUACCGGGCCGUGGAGGUGCUGAUCGGCGCCGAGUACGGGCCCCCGGCCGACAUCUGGAGUACGGCGUGCAUGGCCUUCGAGCUGGCCACCGGAGACUACUUGUUCGAGCCCCACUCUGGAGAAGACUACAGUCGAGAUGAGGACCACAUCGCCCACAUCGUGGAGCUCCUGGGAGACAUCCCCCCAGCCUUUGCCCUCUCGGGCCGCUAUUCUCGCGAGUUCUUCAACCGCCGAGGGGAGCUGCGGCACAUCCACAACCUCAAGCACUGGGGCCUGUAUGAAGUGCUCAUGGAGAAGUACGAGUGGCCUCUGGAGCAGGCCACGCAGUUCAGCGCCUUCCUGCUGCCCAUGAUGGAGUACAUCCCCGAGAAGCGCGCCAGUGCCGCCGACUGCCUGCAGCACCCAUGGCUCAACCCCUAGGCCCGGGAGGGGCGCCCGACGAGCCCGCCGCCGCCGCCCACCUGCAGCGCACAC